CCAACACUUUAGGUUUUCAGUUUUCUUCCUCGCCGCAUGCUUCCUAUAUAUUGUCCGCCAGAAAAACCCUAGGGUCUUCUGCAACGACAGCCGGCGAGAGAUUAAGCUGCACGGAUCGCCAAAUCCACAUUCUCUUCCUCGAAAAUGGUCACUUUCAGGUUUCACCAGUACCAGGUUGUUGGAAGAGGUCUCCCAACUGAGUCUGAUGAACACCCAAAGAUUUUCAGGAUGAAGUUGUGGGCAACAAAUGAGGUUCGGGCCAAGUCUAAGUUCUGGUACUUUUUGAGGAAGUUGAAGAAGGUCAAGAAGAGCAAUGGGCAAGUGCUUGCUAUCAAUGAGAUUUUCGAGAAGAACCCUACGAAGAUCAAGAACUAUGGAAUCUGGCUGCGAUACCAGAGUCGAACUGGUUAUCACAACAUGUACAAGGAAUACAGGGACAUCACUCUGAAUGGUGCUGUGGAACAGAUGUACACUGAGAUGGGUUCCCGCCACAGGGUCAGGUUUCCUUGCAUUCAAAUUAUCAAGACUGCCACCAUCCCAGCCAAACUGUGCAAGAGGGACAGCACCAAGCAGUUCCACAACUCCAAGAUCAAGUUCCCACUGGUGUUCAGGAAGGUGAGACCACCAACCAGGAAGCUGAAGACCACAUACAAGGCUUCCAGGCCUAACCUAUUUACCUGAUUCUCUAUCACCAGCAGUUAGUGAGUUAGCGAGAGGUAAAAUUGUGCUGUUUCUAAAUUUUGUUUUCCCGAAUUACUGAAUAUUUUUAUUUGAAAGAUCUUGGAACAACAGACUGCAGCUUGUCAGUGUUUUGAUUUCCCUGGUUUGUUGCCUUUCAAGUUUUUGAGACAUUGAUUUUACUUUCUUUAUGGCCAAGGAACUUAGUAGGAGUUUAUUUGACUUUUGUUCUUUUGGUA